ACUGUACGUCGUAAUAUGAAGUCGGCCUCCUGUUUUUCCUCCCCAGCCCGAAGUCCUCCCGGUGGCCCCCACCGCCUCCAUGCAGCGCUCAAGUAAGCAAAACACGGAGGCUGCCGUCGACUUUCCCUCAUUCCUUCAAGGUCAGGUGUGGUGUGAACGUUUCUCACGCCCCGGAAGGCUGGGAUCUAAAACGGCUAGUGGUGCCUACCUUGGACAUUCCAGCGGGUUUGAUUGACCGCCACCUGUUUCCUGUGGGCUGUUACUGUCUCCAGACCCCAAUGACCUCAUCACCGACUUUGACCAUUGAUCCCAAACCCUUUCUAUAACCCCUGAGAAAACAAGGAACACAAGUUGGGCCUGUGCAGAAGCUGCAGUGGGGUGUUCUUCCAAAUGCCUACCUCACGCCUCAAGAACAAAUCACUGCAGCCACAGCCCUGAUCCGCAGCCACCAUGACAUCGAGUAUAGGAGAUGAUUGUAGCAUCUUUGAUGGGUUGAUGGAAGAAGAUGAGAAGGACAAGGCCAAACGUGUGUCCCGUAACAAGUCGGAGAAGAAACGGAGAGAUCAGUUCAAUGUCCUCAUCAAGGAACUUGGCACCAUGUUGCCGGGCAACACCAGGAAGAUGGACAAGUCCACCAUCCUGCAGAAAAGCAUCGACUUCCUGUGUAAACACAAAGAGAUCGCAGCCCAGUCAGAGUCGAGUGAGAUCAGACAGGACUGGAAGCCUCCGUUCCUCAGCAACGAGGAGUUCACUCAGCUCAUGCUGGAGGCUUUGGAUGGGUUCUUCAUAGCAAUAAUGACCGAUGGGAACAUUCUCUAUGUCUCUGAGAGUGUCACCUCGUUACUAGAGCACCUUCCAGCAGACUUGGUGGACCAGAAUCUGUUGAACUUCCUUCCAGUUGGGGAACACUCCGAAGUAUACAAGUCUCUAUCGACACACCCCACCGAUACAGAGGGCCUGAAUGCAGAUUACAUGAAGACUAAAAAUCACUUGGAGUUCUGCUGUCAUAUGCUGCGAGGGUCCAUCGACCCCAAAGAAACUCCCGUCUACGAGUAUGUUAAGUUCAUCGGCAAUUUCAAGUCCCUCAAUAAUGUUCCCAACAUAGCGAGGAACGGCCUCGCAGGCGUUCUGCAGCGAUCGCUGCAGCCCGCAUUCGAUGACCAGGUGUGCUUCGUAGCCACCGUUCGCUUGGCCAAACCGCAAUUUAUCAAGGAAAUGUGUACAGUAGAGGAGCCCAAUGAAGAAUUCACUUCCAGGCACAGUCUGGAAUGGAAAUUCCUGUUCUUAGAUCACAGAGCUCCACCAAUCAUAGGCUACCUGCCCUUCGAGGUUCUGGGAACGUCGGGGUACGACUAUUACCACGUGGACGACCUGGAGACGCUGGCCAAAUGUCACGAACACUUGAUGCAGUACGGUAAAGGGAAGUCCUGCUACUACCGAUUCCUCACUAAAGGCCAACAGUGGAUUUGGCUGCAGACGCACUACUACAUCACAUAUCACCAGUGGAACUCUCGGCCCGAGUUCAUCGUCUGCACGCACACGGUGGUCAGCUAUGCAGAAGUCAGAGCAGAACAGCGCCGGGAGCUGGGAAUUGAAGAGUCUAAUCCAGAGGCCGCGGUUGAUAAGGGUCAUGACUCCGGCUCCGAGUCGCAGCUCAACACCUCCAGCCUGAAGGAAGCUCUGGAGAGAUUCGACCGCAGCCGAACGCCCUCGACCUCCUCGCGGAGUUCCCGCAAGUCCUCAUCGCACGUCUCCGACAACACUUGCACUUUAAUUACGUCUCCUGCAGCAACAGCUCCCAAAAUGCACAUGGACACAGCCACGCCGCCCCGGCAGUCUCUGGCCUCCACCAUGGAGAUGACAUCACAGCGGCGCUCGUCCAUCAGCAGCCAGUCUAUGAGCUCUCAGACAACGGGGCAGAGUGUCAACCCGGGCAUGAUCACUCAGCAGCAGCAGCAGCACCAGCAGCAGCAGCAGCAGCAACAACAACAACAACAACAACAACAACAACAGCAGCAGCAGCAACAACCACAGCAGCUUCAGACAAACGUACAGCCGGUGAUGGAGUUCUCGGCGCAGGUGAACGCCAUGCAGCAUCUCAAGGACCAGUUGGAGCAGAGGACCAGGCUGAUCCAGGCGAACAUCCAGCGGCAGCAGGACGAGCUCAGACACAUCCAGGAGCAGCUGCAGAGAGUCCAGGGCCAGGGCAUACAGAUGUUGCUGCAGCAGCAGGGUGGAGCGAUGAACGUGCAGCUCCCUCAGGUGGGGGCGGUCCAGCAGACGCCGGCUAUGACCAGUCAGGUCCAGCAGACGGCGGUUAAUCCCGUCCAUUCAGGAACGCUGCAACUCACCAUCCAGCAGCAGCCUCCUCCCCAUCAACAGAGCUUACAGCAGCAGAGCAACACACUCGCACAGCCCCAGAGACAGACCCAGCAGUCCGGCCAGGCUCAGCCCCAGAACCAGGGCUCGGUGUCGGCCCCGCUCUACAACACCAUGAUGAUCUCCCAGCCCGGUCAGCCCAACGUCCUGCAGAUCAGCACCAGCCUGGCCCAGAACAGCACGCAGCAGGGCACGGCGGUGGCCACCUUCACGCAGGACCGGCAGAUCCGAUUUCCAGCAGGGCAGCAGCUGGUGACCAAGCUGGUGACGGCUCCGAUGCAUCCGUGCGGGGCAGUGAUGGUUCCCACCUCCAUGUUCAUGGGGCAGGUGGUGACGGCGUACAACCCCUUCGGCGGUCAGCAGCAGGGGGGGCAGACACAGACCCUGACUCUGCAACCCGCCCAGCAAGCCCAGUGCCAGCCUGACGGCCAGAACCAGACGGCUGUGGUGGCGCAGAGCAGCCAGCAGGGGCAGCAGCAGCAGCAGCAAUUCCUCCAGGGCACACGUCUUCUCCACGGUAACCAAUCCACCCAGCUGAUUCUGCAGGCAGCUUUCCCACUCCAGCAACAAGGAGCUUUCACCCAGGCGACGCACCCGCAGCAGCAGCAGCAGCAGCAGCAGCAACAACAACAGCAACAACAGCAACAACAACAGCAGCAACAACAGCCGCAGCAGCAACAAUCACAACAACAACCGUCGCAGCAACAGCAGCAACAACAGCAGCAACAUCAACGGCAACAGCAGCAGCAGCAACAAUCUCAUCACCAGAGGCACCAGCUCAAACCCCAGACCCAGAAACAGCAGAAAUCCUCGUCGUCACACAGGACUGACAGCGUGAGCAACCACCCGCAAUGAAGCCUGGGGGGGAAACAACGCCAGGAGGAGCUGCUGAACGGAAACCUCUUAAAGCAGAUGCUGCGUACGUUUGUUUCGGUCGCGCGGCUGCCACAAACGUCCCUUUUCCGCAAAAAAAACCCAACAAAAAACAAGUUGCCCCAACCCUCUUCUCCUCAAUUUUUCUGUCUAAAAGAAAUGAAUCAUAGGAAAGAGGAAAAUCAGCGAGUCCAACGAGGAACUCGCCAAAGACCGUCGUCAUGGUAAAACGGAGGGAUGAAAUCCCACCUCCUCUCACCGGAUGCAGAGUUGUGAUGGAGAUCCGGUCUCCGUGGAGACCUGGAAUAAAAAAAGAGAUCACAAUAGUAACGGCAGACUCUUUUCAAGGGUGUCACAAAGUGGACUGACCAUGUACAGAUUUACUGUAUGAUAAAAAAACAAACAAACUUGUAAAUAUCCAAGUAUAGCCUAACAGAAAACAGAAAUGUAGUAUUUUAUAUGACUGCAUGGAAAAGAGUAACUGUGUAAGCUUUUAUUAGUCGCUUUUGAAAGAUGACUUUUUACUUUUAAGUGUUUUAAGAGCGAUGACAUGCUCUCGAAGACCCCCCUCCCCCUCCUCUUAAACAAAAAAAAAAAGAAGAAAAAGAAAUGUCCAGAAUGAGGCUUUAAAGAUUUGUCGGUGUGUUUUAAAAAAGAAAAAAAGUAUAUAUUGGUCGGGCUUGGGUGUUUUUUGUGGAUGUUGCUUUGAAACACUGUGUCUCUAAGACAAUAACAGAUCGUUUAACUUUGUAAUUAGAAAAACUAUGUUUGAAAAGAAACUAGAUGACAGUUUAACUGGAUUAUUUGCAGGAUGAUUACUGUACGUGUAACGGGUUUAGUGAUUCCAAGUGCCAACAACAGUGAAUUAUGUUUUUCUUUUGUUUUUUUGUUUUUUUAUUUCAAACAAACUAUUCAAAGCAUAUAUAUAUAAAUAUAUAUAUUUUCCAACAAGAUAUUAUUACCCCUCAAACAUUAGAGCGUGUGUAUAUAGUAGGGAUUAUUUUUUAACAGUUGGAGAGCCCUAUACGUAACAAACAGUAUAUCCUCAAACUGAAAACUUAAGCACUUGAUUUGGUUGUGUACAGUAAGUCACUGUCAGACCUAGUUGUUUGUAAUCCGUGGUGUGGUUCUGUGAGCUAACGCGUGUUGAGAAUACAAUCCUCGUGUGCAUGAGCAAGCUUGUGCGUGUGUGUAUCUGAGUGUGUGUGUGUGUGCGUGCGUGCGUGUGUGUGUGUGCGCGUGCGUGGCCCCUUGUGUCGUAAAGUAUUUGACUUAGUAAAGGGUUUGAAGUUGCCGGACGGUACUUGUUCUCUCAGGAAUGUGGAACGUUUUUUCGCUUCUGCCUCAGUCUGUAAACAGACCAGGAAGGAUUAGACGGUGAUGCUGCGAAGACCAGGGGAAAAACGAUAAAAUUGAUGCAGGUUUUUACCCUCCUGUUGUCCUCAUUUUCGGAAUAAACCCCGUGUCCUCUGGGUCAAAAUGACCAGUUUUCAGUAAACCCCCAUUAUAAGCAGCUUAAUUGACUUUUAAAUACCAAAUUUCAUCUUGCUUCAUCACAAAAUGUGUGAAUGCUUAAGUUUUCCCUCUUUUUCAUCGUCUUUACUUCUAUAGGUAAAGAAAGAAAUGUGCAAAAAGGGAGUUUUGAAUGCAUUUUUUAUUCAUCCCAAUGACUCAGUUUCCUUUUUUUUCUCCACUGAACAAUUUUUGAUAAUGUAUAAUAUGAAAUAUAACAUCCCAUUCAACUAAUUAGCACGUAUAGGGCAGUAUGCAAGUGCGCAGCCUUUUGCAGUUAUUUAUUACACCUGCAGCACACAGUAUAUUCCUUCUUUUGAGGGCAGAAUUGACAUCUCUUCCUCUUACUUGCCCUAGCUGGGGAAGUUAAAUUUCAAGUUAAAAAAUCGAUUAAACGAUUUACGUUUUUUUGUUUUUUUUAACACAGUCAUUUUGGUCAUUUUGACCCGAGGACAACAGAAGGGUUAAACGAAAAACAAACUACUUUUGUAUCCUCCUAGAAAUCCAAGAUUUCAGGGGGGGAACUCCACGAACUCCACGGAGAGGAGUAUAAAUACUGUUUUCUUCAAAUUUGAAGGGGAUUGUUGAACUAUAGUGAAUCAAAUACUAAUGAAAACCCUCCUGCUUUCGUCCUGAUUGGACUUUUAAAGACUUUUAAAGUGGUUUCCUACUGCCCGUCUCAUGGUCUACUGGUUCAUCAGUGUUUCAUCCUUCUGUCUUUUCCCAGGACUCAGAAACUCUCAUGCAGUUCAACUUCACUUGUCUCAGUUCCCAAACAGCAGUUGAAACCAGGACUGGGCCCAGGUCCAUCUUUAUAAAGACAGAAUUGGAUCUUGGCUCAGUCCCGCGUACUACAGUGAUAAGCCAUAUCAAACGGAGAAAAAAAAAAAAGAAGAAGAAGAAAAGCCUUGGAUUGAAGGAGAGCAACAGUUGGCAAAGGAGCUUUUUUGUGAAUGUGUUGUUUAGUCUGAGUGUGGGAAGCGAGGCGCAGCGUGGGUGUUGCUUGUGUGAAUGUACCAUCUCCUUUCCUUGAUCCUACUUCUUGUAUCACUCGGGGGUCAGUAUUGGUUUCCCCUGGCGAUAGCCAAUCAGUUCUUGCGUUGCAGUAUAAAGAAGUAAUUUUUCGAGAAACGUCCACUCCGGUUGGACUAAAUGAUGUGCGAGUCUUGUGUUGCGGGAAGUUAAAUACAUGUGUGUGUAGGAGAGGCUGCGUGUGCAUGGUAACUGUCACUGUAACCCUUUAUAUUUUCAUAUGGAAAACGAGAUGUGUGACUGAAAAAGCUAGAGAUGUUAUUAGGCCAUGCAGAGUAGUGGUUGAAGAAGACGGGGACUGUUGUUCUUGUCGACCAGACAGAUUCAUAAACCACCUAUUACAGUAACGCAAUAAACACCAGUCAGCUCUCUUAAUACUAACCCUUUGAGAAAAACUAAAAUGUAGGCUAAAAUACGACUAAGUAGUGGAUCAUUUUAAAGGGAUACGCCAACAUUUUGGGGAUUUUAGAUGUAAAAGUUUGAUAAAAAGGACACAAUUGUGCAUCGGAUGACCCAGUCUGACUAGACUCCUGAUAGUCGAGCUUUGUCUCAUGACAGAAUAAACUAAAAACUUCACAGAUGUUUUUAUUUUCAGUUAUUUGUUAAUUGUGUAUUAAUCUUGUGUGGAGACGUUUUUUAAAAUGAGACGACAAUCUUACGACCAGUUCUAUAUGUGGAGCUUUAUUCUGGACGAUGACGUACAGUACAGACCAGGGGUCGGCAACCCGCGGCUCUAGAGCUUUAGCUCUUUAGCGCCGCCCUAGUGGCUCCUGGAGCUUUUUCAAAAAUGUUUGGCCUUUUUUUUCCUUUUUCUUUUUUUUCUCUUUUUUUUCUUUUUUUCUCUUUUUCUUUUUUUUUCUCUUUUUCUUUUUUUUCUUUUUCCUUUCCUUUUUAAUCUCAAAAUUUCAACUUUUUUCUCUACAUUUCGACUUUUUUCUCAAAAUUUUGACUUUUUUCUCAACAUUUUGACUUUUUUCUCAAAAUUUUGACUUUUUUCUCGAGAUUGUACUUGAACAUUAAUCUCGACAUUCUGACUUUUUUCUCAAAAUUUUGACUUUUUUCUCAACAUUUUGACUUUUUUCUCAACAUUUUGACUUUUUUCUCGAGAUUGUACUUGAACAUAAAUCUCGACAUUUCGACUUUUUUCCUCAACAUUUCGACUUUUCCUCGAAGUGCAUAAUGAAAAAAUAAAUCUUCCCCCAGUUAUAACUAAUAUAGAUACAUGCAGCAUGUGUUGUCUUCAUUCUAAGGCUUAUACAUACAAGACUUUUCAUUUUUUGCGGCUCCAGACAUAUUUGUUUUUUGUGUUUUUGGUCCAAUAUGGCUCUUUCAACAUUUUGGGUUGCCGACCUCUGGUACAGACCAAAAAUUUGGGCACACCUUCUCAGUCAAAAACAUGGUGUCCAAACUUUUGGUCUGUACUGUAUAACUGGCUAAAACUAUGAUGGCGCGUUGCUUAGCAACACUGCUGAUCGAGGCAUUCACUACCCAGAAGAAGUAGUAAUGCUCCACCAAAAUAUAGUUCCUUUUAUGCAUUUGUUUAGAUUGCUUUGUCUCAUUUUACAUAGUUAUUGUCACAUAAAGUAAAUGUACUGUCAUAACAUUUAAACAAAGAAUACUUGGAUUUAUUUUUGUCACCUAUGUUAGGUGAAGCAAUCCACUCCCAAUAUGCUAAACUUAGAUUGGGUCAUUGGAUGCACAAAGGAGAAUGGUGUACAUAACUGGAUUCAAUGGCAAAUAAGAAAAUUCUCAAGUAGUUGGCAUAUCCCGUUAAUGGUGUUUUUUUUUGUUUUUUUUUGGAUGAAUCGUCUUUUAUCCAUCUUAUGGCAAGUGUACAAACUUUACGGGGUAGCUUGUACUCGAGGUAUCCCCUUCAAAAGCUGAGAUGUUUAUGCUUCGCAGCACUGAUACCCAGCCCAAAGAAUGUAAAGGUGUUAAAAAGACAUUCAUGGAUGUUGAAACUGUUCGUUAUGGAGAACAUUUUGACUGGUUUCGUUAUGAAGAAAAAAGGAAGGGUCUGCAAGAAAAUCGUUCUCAUUCACAUUUACGACUUUGUUUUCUUACAGGUUCUGCAUUUUUAGCUAUUUUUAAUUAUGUCUUUACAAAAAGUCCAGUUUUUGCAGUUUUGGUGUGCAUGUUUGAUAACGGGCUUGGGGGGCGGAAAGGGUUCAAAAAGCUGAUGAAACUGCAAGUCUUGGUUCAUUGAAAUGGGACGGCCUCCUCCCUGCCCUCCCACACGGAUACACCAAUCACUUUUCUACCACGGUUUUGUUCUGAAGAGUCUAGUUCUAGUAUACUGUACACAUACACAAAGCUAAGAACACCAGUAUUCAGUGUAAAAUGGUGCUAUGCUUACCUGUACUGUAUGUAUGUAUGUAUGUAUAUCCCGUCUUCUGCUCUUGAACUGUGCUCCUUUUAUCUACCCCAAAGUCAAAUGUAAUAAUAAUAAUCAAUAUUUUGAAGCAAAAAUGUUUGCAAUUAUAAUCCCCCCAUCCCCUCUUGGUCAAUUUGAAAAUAAAAACAGUUGCAAAUAUUAA